ACGACGUUGAAUAGGCAUACAGAAGCAUCCAAGAGAAAUUGGUGCACUUCCGUCGACGCUUGCGGAAAGAGCGAUCCUUGUCGUGCGGGCCUAUUCGCGUCAUGCUCAGACGCUGCUGCCGAGAGGGCCUCAGGCUGCUCAGACAGUCUGAAGCUGCAUUUGUCGCGCCGAAAAAUCCUUCGACGGCACCUCUUGCUACAGCAAUUGCCCGCCAUGAAGCAUCAAUGGAACGAGCAACUCCGAGCUCCCUGACCAGAUGCAUGCUGGACAUUCCCGCGCGGCAUAUGUCCGCAGGACCUGCAAAGCCACCUGACACAGACAAAGAAGGCGCUGCAACAGGCCUUGAUUAUGCUGAACAGGAGGCUGCACAGGCAGCAGCCAAGGCUGAAGGCACUGCACCUGGGGUGGAUGAGCUGAAGGCCCAUGAUCCUGAGACCUUGGCACAGGCACUCGCAGAGAAAAUCCAGGAGGUACAGGAGUGCAAAGACAGGCUGGCAAGGGCCCUGGCGGACAUGGAGAACAUGCGGGAGCGCACCAUGCGGCAGGCUGAGCGCGAGAAGCAGUUUGCCAUUUCUCAAUUCGCGACAGGGCUGCUGGACGUGGUGGACAAUUUGGAGCGCGCGAUUGAGAGCGUGCCCGAGGAGGUGCUGGCGCAGGGGGUGGACCCAGAGACCGGCAAGCCCAUCACGGCUGACCGCGCGCUCACCACCCUGCGCAGCUUUGUGGACGGCAUCAGGCUCACCUUCAACAUCUUCGUCAAGUAUCUGGAGGCCAAUGGCGUCCAGAGGAUUGACCCCACACUGGGAGAGAAGCUGGACCCCAACAAGCAUGAGGCGGUGUACCAGGUCUCUGACCCCACCAAGGAGCCCGGCACCAUUGCAGCUGUGCUCAAGAAAGGAUACACUCUCAAUGGACGCGUGCUGCGGCCUGCUGAGGUCGGCGCUGUCCGCCGAGGCACGGCUUCGGCAUGAUUUUGGACCGCUGUACAUGUUCCCCUGGUGCAUGUAUGGAACAAUGCAUGAAGAUCAGUCGAGGACAUCACUUGCUGUCAGUUGAUUUGCCAAGCCUUCAACGUGUUUGUGCUACUUGUUGUAGAAAUCUAUCAAAUGAACUGCAGGGAAUUGGUGUGAUUCCUGGUUGACAAUUUUGAAUGGGCAUGGUAUGGCCAAUGAUUUGGCCCAACGAAUGCAGCAUUGUAUUACUGCACAUCGCAGGCACAUGCAAAGCAUGAUUGUGAUUGC